AUGGCAGCUAGAUGUGGUCUUUGUCUGAAAACUACUUGUAAUAAUAAACAAACCUUACGUCUUGUUACCAGUGACGCUGAGGUCAAACUUCAACGUGGAUACUAUUCUCUUCAUCAAAUAAAUUUAAAUCAAUCACUUUUUAAUACAAAAGUUCAUGAAAAAUGUUACAAAAAAUACAAGGAUCGGUGGUACCAUGAAUUUGUCAGAAAAAAUAGAUUAAUUCAUGUUUCAAGUAGCUUUCAAGACAACAGUAUAUCAAUUAAUGAUGAGAAUACUGUGGCAAACGAACAUGACUCGACAAACAUUUGUGACAAAAGCAAUUAUGAUGAAGAUGAUAAUGAUUGCAAUAGUAAUUUGGAUGUGUUCUGUUCAACAACAAUUUGUUCAAGUAGAAUAACUCGUCAGAAGAAUCUUUCACCCUUUAACGAUAUUUCAAACAUUAAUCACUCUCCACAUACUACAUUUAACUGCAAUAGUACAGAUACAAUUUUCCCCAUAGAACAAAUAUUGAUUCACGAUGAUGAUUGGAACAAUAAUAUUAUAAAUAAUGAUUCAAUGAUUCAAAAUAAUACAGAUAUUGAACAUAGUAGUAUGUUUCCUGAUAAAGAAAAAAGCGAUCGUUAUGCUAUUUCGUUGGAUAAACUUGAUAUCAAUUUUAACAACCACAAAGUUUCAUCUACUAAUGCAAAUGAAGCAACAGUGUCGUCAGAUGCCGAUCAGGUAGAAUUGCCAUUUUCAAGCAAUUCAGAAUUUAAUACAAGUGUUAAUCAGCAAUUGAGUAAAAAGCAAUCUCCAUUUCGUUCAAUCGGUCGAACAUCGACACCAAAAAUUAAAUCUAAUAAAAUUAUGCGUAGAAAAAAACGACGAAGACAUUCAGAAGAAGCAGUACUUCAUUCAACAGGAACCAAUGAUCGAUGCUUAAUCUUUGAAUCACCAUUACAUGAAUUGCAUGCAUGGUUAAGAAGCAUUCUCAAUGAUGGACGACUUAUUCCAUUAACAAAUGUUCAACAUCAAUAUAAUAUGAUUAGGAAAACAUAUGAACAUCAUGAAGAAGAUAUGAAUUCAUCGAUUCGUUGUGAUGUUAUUCGAAAACAAAUAGAAUCUCAAUUUCCUAAUUAUUAUCACUUUGAAACCGUUAACAAACGAGAUGGUACUUAUAUUGCACUUAAUAACAUCAGUUUUUAUUCUCGUACAGCUAUUAAUACGAGUAAAUCUUCGUCAAGAAAUUUUUCCGAUUGUCAACAGCAAGCUAUUACUACUGCAACUCCAUCCAGUCUAUCUCAAAUUACUAAUUGUGAAACUGUUUUUACUGUAGUGCGGUUACUUCGAAAUCACAUCAAGGACACAUUACAUGUAUUGGAAACAUUAUUUAAAGAACCAGAAAAGCUAACUGAAUUAACUAAUGAUCUAUUUGCCGAUUGUGUACCUCUUGUUAUUCGUAAUUUUAUUGGCUUACUGACUGCAAGUAAUCGUCAUUUUAAAAAACUCGAAAAUGAACAUGAUUAUUAUGACUUUUUCGAUAAAGAUAUUUUUGGAACAAGUUCUAAAUCAUUAAAGAAUACGGUUAUUGGACACGACAUUCUUAAUGCUAGACAUGACCAUAUUGUAUCACCAAAGCAUAUAUUAUUGGCUAAUGAAAUAAGUAAACAUGCUCGAUCAAAUGAGCUUCUAUGCAUUUUAAAUCGUUUUGGUCAUACUGCUUCAUAUAAAACAAUAUCUCGUAUUAAUCGCAAAAUUGCAAAUAAACAAAUGAUCGAAUCUUCUUUACCAUCUAGUGUUCUUCCAAAUUGCUACUUGGUGCAAGUGGCAGAUAAUUUUGAUCUCAAUCGAGAAACGCUUCAUGGCGAACGUAGUUUUCAUUUUCUUAAUAGGAUAUUUGUUCAAACACCUGACAAUAGUUUCACAUCGAAUGGCAAGUUUUUUUGUUUAGUCAACAUUAUCUAA